UUCAGUUGUCUGCACAGAACCUUAACGCCAUGUUGAAACUCUGUGGAUUUUGUGUUUUUAUAGCUCAGCUGUGUUUGGCAUCAGAUAUGAACGCUGAUUUGAGCAUUCAGAUAACUGCAUUGAUCCCUGAUGUAAAAACCAGUCAGGACGUUAUUAUGGACAUUUGUGUCCCACUGUCCAACUACAGAGUAUAUCAUCAGAAGAUUUCACUAAGGGCUGACCCCCUACCCUCUGAUCCUCGAAAGCUGCUAACUGAUUCCUUUAAAAACACCAAGGCUAGUAGUGCUACUGCAGAUUCACCUACUGCAGAACCUCUGACUUUACCUGUGACAUCAUAUCAGGGAAUCACUCAUAGCUGUGAUGUUACCUUUAAGGGACAGUGCUGUUUCAAUCAAACAGAAACUGUGUUUGAGACAUUUAAGUCAGAAAUGAUGUCAAAUCAAAAACAUAUUGAAAAAUUGGAAGAGGAAUAUAACCACCAGACUAUAAUUAUAAUGGAAGAAGACCCUAUAGUGGCUGAGUCAGCUACUUACCUGUUUGAAAGGCAUUUCACCAUAUCAACUCUGCUAAUAUACAAAAAUGGGAAACUGUGUGUUGUCAGAGGAAGCCCUUUCUCCUCUACCAGAAAUCAUGACGUCAUACUAGUUGGCCAUGGAAGUAAAUCUACUAAUGGAACAGUCAAACUGUCUGGCUUUGGCCCGGGGGAGAUUGCCAAAUUUGUCUCAGUCUUAAAAACUGAACUCUUCCUUAGCCAGCUUGGCACCAUAAGUCUUAUUAGCUGCAGGCUUGGCAAUGACCUUCACUUUAUUUUGCAGCUCUUACAGGCUUUUCAGUCUUACAACAUAAAAACAAUGCUGCAUUUAUAUGACUCUUUUGUCUCGGUUACCUCUGAGGGCAAGCUAUUGACAAGAUCAAAUGGAGUCUGGAGGUUCCAAGACCACAGUAGAAGAAUCUUUGCUGAAUUGGACCAAGGAGGUAGACUGCUAACCAAAGCUGAACUUGGCUGCACAGGGCCAGUUUUUCCUGAAUAUAAAGGAAGCAUCUUAUAUCUUCAAACACUAGAGUGGCCAAACCACCCUCAAAUGUUUGUUCCAGCCGAGCUACGUAAAAGGUACCCUUCUAUAGAUUGCUUAGAGGGACUUACGUGGAGUUUAUUCUUUGAGGAGAAUGAGAGAAGACGUGCACCCAAUUACGUCCCAGACAACAACCAAAGAACGUUAAAAGCAAUCUGGCUUACAGAACCAAGACCAGAAGAAGAAAGCACUAAUUUCAAGCAUAUCAUGACUAUUCAAGAUCUACUAGUUGAAAUACGAUACAAUGCCAGAGAGGAAAUUGCAUCCAAUCUUUACUAUGUUCUUAAUGAAUGCAUUUACAAAGUUAAUGGAAGAAACCUUAAUGUAAGUCUGGUGGGUAAGUUCAUGAUUACUGACAAUCAAGGUGAAAUUGAAAGUUUCCAUCAAAACUUUGGCAAGCAGCAGGGUUGGUCCUCCUUGCAUGAUCUGAGACAAGGACUCAAAGCAGCAAAAUUUAAUGACUUCUGUCGUCAGACUUUUCAGUUCCAACAGUGCAGCUACAACUGCGAGAGAUGGGGUCAUUACUUCAUGGUAGCAGUGUUUGCGGCAUCGGUGCGAAACUUUAGAACUUUCUCACUUUUCCUCAUGAGCGUCAUAGGUUGUGAAGUAGGCCGUAUACGCGGGAUUGACAGCUCCCUAUGCACAGCAUUUGUUGAUGAUGACCACCCGAUGGCAACUGAACAAGCUUGGCCAGAACAAUUUCACAGAGGAUUCUAUGGCUGUACUGUUGAUAACUACGAACUGGCACCACAGGACAAACAGAUGUGGUUAGAUGUACUAGUUGCAAAGGAGAAUGCCCUGUAUGUAAAGUCAAAGCAGCUGAUGAAUGGUAUUUAUCAUGAUGAGCAAACGGAGCUAGACAUAUUUGGGAGAGUCAAAGUUAUGAACAAGUAUGUGUUUUCAUCUUAUCUCGAAUUCUUUCGUGGUACACCUGAGGGAAGGAGGCUCAAGAGGGGAUGUACUGCCUCUUUUAAUGACAAGUUAAAACCAUAAUGGCUUAAAUUUGAACAGCUCUACUGUAGCAUUCUUCUUUUGCUAGUCUUCUACCUGACUCACUUGACUGAUAUAGUGCUGCGCAGAUUACUUACACUGCUUUCAAUUGGUGAUAGAUACCUAAUAAUGAACUAAACCAAGGCAAUACAAAUGAACUGAUUCAGAAGUAUUACGAGUUACACAUUAAUAUAUAAUUUUUUGAUCUUCUAAAUUAAAAACAAUAAUAAAAAAUAAGCUAUCAUUGGUGACUUCUUUGGGAGUUUAUUGCAUUGUUUUCUCAUUCUAAUGGUGUCACACAGGUCAGAAUACAGAGCAUUGUAAAAUAUAAAUACAAAGGCUGAAGUAUUACAAGCAGAUAUAUAAAACAUGGUACAAAGCACAAUUUAAAUUAAAACCAAAUUGCUUUUUCAAAUUGUUUUUGUUCUUAACAGCUAGGAGUUAAAAUUUAGAUAAUUGUUAUAUGCACACUUAGAUGCAUAGAAAAUUAAAAUGAGAUUUUGUACAGAUUUUGUGAACUGGAAAACAUAGUUAAUCUAUCGUGGAAUGAGUCACUUCUACAAAAGGAAGCAAAAAUAAAAGAAAUGCUUCUAAGCUUUUUGAAGUUAAACUUUCAGUUAGUUAGCUAACAUUUCUAAUCAUCUGG